GCUCAUCAGAAAGCAGCACAGUAACAGUCCCACCCUAUACAUACUGUCCCACAUAGACUGGCUUUGUGUGAUUGGUGUGUUGUUGUGGGCUGGCCCAGCACUGAGCUCAGGUUAAAGUUGCGCAUUCAUGAUUGUUCUCUGGGCUGAGGAGGUGGAAGCUGUGUGUUGUUCUUUGUGAGAGGCUGACUUGGUUGAUUUUUCCUAUCAACCAGUUUUAAUUUUUGAACCAUUUUAUAUUCGCUGCGAGUUUCCACACCUGCCACCAAAAGCUAACAGCUGCUUCCCCUCUACAAAUAUAUACCCUUGCCCUUUAAACAGACUGUGGUAAAAUGUCUCUAACUGUAGCAGAUCUCACCAGAGGAGUGAUGACAGAGUUCCAGGAAAAGCUCCGUCAACAGCAUGAGGAGUCGUUGAAUCGAGAGCUGGAGACCUUGCUUGCUACUGCCAGCAAAUCUGAGGCAGAGAUCACCAGAAAAGAUUUUGAUGGCUUCAAGAAGCUCUUCCACAGAUUUCUGCAGGUUAAAGGUCCUUCAGUUGACUGGGCCAAGAUCAACCGGCCACCCGAGGACUCGAUCCAACCAUAUGAGAAGAUCAAGGCAAAGGGGCUCCCUGGUAACAUUACAUCCUGCCUGAAUAAACUGGUAGUGGUCAAACUGAAUGGAGGUCUCGGAACUAGCAUGGGCUGCAAGGGCCCCAAGAGUUUGAUCAGCGUCCGCAAUGAAAAUACCUUCCUGGACUUGACUGUGCAGCAGAUCGAGCAUCUAAACAACACAUUUAACGCAGACGUGCCACUUGUUCUUAUGAACUCCUUCAACACUGAUGAAGACACAAAAAAGAUCCUGCAGAAAUACACACACCACCGCGUUACCAUCCACACUUUCAACCAGAGCAGGUAUCCAAGGAUUAACAAAGAGUCUUUGUUGCCAGUUGCCAAGUCCAUGGCAACAAGUGGUGAGAAUGCGGAGGCCUGGUAUCCGCCAGGUCAUGGAGACAUUUAUGCCAGCUUCGACAACUCUGGGCUGUUGGACAAGCUCAUCGCAGAAGGACGAGAGUACAUCUUUGUGUCCAACAUUGACAAUCUGGGAGCCACUGUUGAUCUGUUCAUCCUCCAACAUCUGAUGAGCCAGCCAGCGGACAAACGUUGCGAGUUCAUCAUGGAAGUCACUGACAAAACUAGGGCCGACGUAAAGGGUGGAACCCUGAUCCAAUAUGAGGACCGUCUGAGGCUGCUGGAGAUCGCUCAGGUUCCAAAGGCCCACGUCGAUGAGUUCAAGUCUGUCACAAAGUUCAAGAUCUUCAACACCAACAACCUUUGGAUCUCUCUGGCUGCCAUUAAGAGGCUGCAGGAGAAGAACAACAUGGACAUGGAGAUCAUUGUCAACCCAAAGACAUUGGAUGGCGGUCUGAACGUGAUCCAGUUGGAGACAGCUGUGGGUGCUGCCAUCAAGAGCUUUAACAAUGCCAUGGGUGUGAACGUCCCCCGCAGCCGCUUCUUGCCAGUGAAGACAUCGUCCGAUCUGCUGCUUGUGAUGUCAAACCUGUACAGCCUGGACGCUGGCUCUCUGACCAUGAGCAAGAAGAGAGAGUUCCAAACAACACCCCAUGUCAAGCUGGGCAGCAGCUUCACCAAGGUUCAGGAGUUUCUGGCCAGGUUUGAAAACAUCCCAGACAUGUUGGAGCUUGAUCACCUCACUGUAUCUGGAGAUGUUACCUUUGGAAAAAACGUAUCACUAAAGGGAACUGUCAUCAUCAUUGCAAAUCACGGUGACCGGAUCGAUAUUCCAGCCGGAGCGAUGCUGGAGAACAAGAUUGUCUCAGGAAACCUGCGGAUCCUUGAUCACUGAGUUAUCAAGGAUCGUAGAAAAGGAGGACAGCACACACGGCCAUAUGCACCUUGAAGAAACUGGGAAUUGAGAUUUCUGAUUGACAUUCGAUUCAAUUCAAUUCAAUUUUAUCUACAUAGCACCAAAUCACAACAACAGUUAUCUCACAGCGCUUUCCAAACAGACCAUAACUGUCAUUGUGUAAUCAGUUUGUUUCAAAGAGUAAUUUAAGUUACUCUGUACACAUCUGAGUGUUACUGCACAAUCACACCAUAGUCCCAACAUACAGAUUCUUAUUCUCAUCAAUAAAGGGCAUUUUGGAUCAAGUUUCCUAUGGUUUGUCUGUAAAUCCAAAACAAAUUAAACUAUUUUGUAUGUAUUUUAGGUUUAGUAAUAUUUCCUUACGGGAAGUGGCUCAGAUUGAUUGCAAAAAAAAUAAAAAAUAAUCCAAUUGGGUUUCCUUUGUUCCACUUUAAACAAAAGCAGUAUAUUU